AUGUUCGUCUAUUGGAUCUCUAUUUUUACCUCUAAUGCUCGGUAUUUUACGGUUGUUCUUACAUUCGACCAACGAAAUGAAGCUCGAAUUCAGCGUUUGAUUGAUAAACAGGAAGCAGAACGACAGCGAGAACAAGACUUAAAUAUUUCCAGAGAAUUACGUGAAGUCGACAAGGAAAUUGCUGAACAACGACGUGUGAACGAUGAACUCAAUGCUGAGAAGGCACGCAACAUGUCUUUGGAGCAACGUAAGCAUGAACUCGAAAUCGAACAGGCACGAUACGACACAUUACAAGAACAACGACGUGAAGAUGUGCUGAUAGCAGUCCAAAGACAUGAACAAGACAAAGAGCUUGCUCGACUACUACGAGAAAAUGAUCGAAUUCUGGCCGAACAGAAACAAGAAACAGAAAUGGUACUUGAGCAACAACGGUACGAUCAAGAACGUGCAAGAUAUCUUGAUCCUUUGCUUUUGUCUCAUAUCAAAGAAUUGGGGCAAUUAGUCAAGGAAAACAAUGGAUCACUGAUUGCCAAUCCGACCAUUCAUGCUCUUGUUCGUGCCAAAACUCUCAAUAUUUUCAGACCAAUCGGUCCUGAUCGUUCAACGCAGUUGAUUCUCUUUCUACAUGAAACGAGACUGUUGAAAACUGAAGAGAAUCCUCUUGAUCUUUCGGGAGUUCAAUUAACUGGUAUUUAUCUAAGUGCAUCGACUAUUCAGAGACCCAUUUAUAAAUUGUCACUCUCCAGCGCCCGUCUCAACAAUGCAUCAUUUGUUGGCUGUGAUCUAUCAUAUUGCGACUUCACUGGAGCAGAUCUUUCAGGUGCAAAUUUAUCACGAUGUAGUGGUAUAAGAGCACAUUUUAAUCAAGUGAUCCUAGUCGAGACUGAUUUUUCGCAUACGAAUUUAUAUUGGGCAACAUUCGAUAGCAACAUAAUCAAAGGCAACUUUUUCAAUGCAACUGUUAAAUCAACAAAUUUUCGGCAAAAUAACAAUGAUCAAAGUGGAUUUCACCCGAGCUAUAUUACAAUCUGUGAGAUUCGAAGAGACUGA